CAUGAUGGUAUUGUGGGUAUUUUGGGGUCUAUUUUCUGCGUCAUCGAGAGCUCUUGCCACUUUAUUUUGAAAAAACUUCGGGGCGGAAGUGGCCUCGUCGCAGUCCCGCCGCUUGCCGGGUGGGAUCACGCCGCGUCCCGCCGGAUGUUUUGCGUUUUUUCGCCCUCGCGAUGGAAAGAUUCGUGCGCUCCGUCGCAGAGCCGCGGCUCCAGCGGAGGCGCUGACCGGGAGGAGAGCGCGGGCUGAGGAGGACGGCGGCGGCGCUGGGAUGCUUCACCUGCAGCGCCUGCCUGGAUUCCCCUGCAGCGUGAACUAAGAUGCCCCUCUCUUCUGGUGCUCUGAUCGGGCCUGGCGUGGUCCCACUGAGUGGAGCUUUGUGAGAGGGCAGGCCUACUCCAGAGGUGCUGGAUGUCUGCGACAGAUCCAUGGGCCAGAAGGACUAUGGGGAGGCGGGACCAGGCCACAUCCUCGACCUGGGACUGGAUCUGGAGUAUCUCCACGUAGUAGGGGCUGACCGGCAGGCUGGCUGCGCCCUCACACCCCCCUCCAUGAAGGAGCAGGGGGAAGGGGGCGGCAGCGACAGCCCUGCCAACCCUCCUCCAGCAGCCCUUCCUCCAGACCCAGACUGCCAGUCUGUGCCGUCUGCAGCAACCGCGGCGGCCACCAAUUCAGAUGGGGGCGAGGGCGCACCUGCUCACAAUAAGAGCACCCACCAGCCGCUCUGUCGGACCCCGUGUGUGGACCUGGGCCCCGAGGGGCCUCCCGAACCUCCUUCUGGACUUUCAGAGCGACAGCAGGAAUCUCCAUUUGAGAAACCUCUGGAACCUCCAGGCGCCCCCUCCAGAUCCGAGAAAGGGUCAGACGCUGAUGGGAAGGAGUACCGAGCCAAGCUGGAGUUUGCCUUAAAACUUGGCUACUCCGAGGAGACGGUGCGGCUGGUUCUGUCCAAGCUCGGCCCCGACACCCUCAUCAAUGACAUACUGGGAGAACUGGUCAAACUGGGCACCAAAUCCGACACUGAGCAAUCAGGCGUGACAUUGACCUCGACCUCAUCAUCCUCGUCCUCGUCCAGUUGCGGCUGCUCUGAUCUGCUGGACGGCCAGCGGUCGGACUCGCCCUGUCCGUCCGAUUCCAUCUGCGACCAGGACAACCUGCGGCCGAUUGUGGUGGAUGGCAGUAACGUCGCUAUGAGCCAUGGCAACAAGGAGGUGUUCUCCUGUCAGGGCAUCCAGCUGGCUGUUGAUUGGUUCUUGGAGCAUGGUCAUCAGAACAUCACAGUCUUUGUUCCUGCGUGGAGGAAGGAGCAGUCCCGCCCCGAUGCCCCCAUCAAAGAUCAGGAGAUCUUGAGGUGCCUGGAGAAGGAAAAGAUCCUGGUUUUCACUCCCUCACGGCGAGUCCAAGGUCGGCGUGUGGUCUGCUAUGACGACCGCUUCAUCGUCAAGCUGGCGUAUGAGUCAGACGGCAUCAUCGUCUCCAAUGACAACUACAGAGACCUAGCCAAUGAGAAACCAGAGUGGAAGAAAUUCAUAGAUGAGCGGUUACUCAUGUACUCCUUCGUCAAUGAUAAAUUCAUGCCCCCAGAUGACCCCCUCGGGCGUCACGGCCCCAGUUUAGAGAACUUCCUGAGGAAACGGCCCGUCGUACCCGAACAGAAGAAGCAGCCGUGUCCGUACGGAAAGAAGUGCACUUAUGGCCACAAGUGUAAGUACUAUCAUCCGGAAAGAGGCGCUCAGCCUCAGCGCGCCGUGGCUGACGAGCUGCGCGCCAGUGCCAAGACUUGCGUGGUUUCUAAGAACCAGGGGGACGCGGGGCUCGUGAAGAGCCACAGCGUGCCCGCCGGCAGCAUCGAGGCGAAGAAAGGCGCCCCGAAGAGGCAGUCGGACCCGAGCAUCCGAGCUCUGUCCUACAGCGACGCCGAGGAGAAGCUGCUGGCCAAAAGCCGGGCGGAGAGCCAGAAGAGCGGCGUGUGCGGGAGCAGCAGCAGCUCCAACAGCAGCAUCAGCUGCAGCGGGGUGUUGUCGGUGUCCCCGGCGCCGCCGUCCUCGCUGAUCCUCCCGCAGGACCAGCCCAGAGCGGCGCCACUUCUCCCAGCGCCGAGUCACGACCUCUAUCCGCACUGCGAGUCUCCUGACUUGAGCUACUACUCUGUGGCGCGAGCGUAUUCCGGUCUGAGUCUGUCGACUCGCCGCAGCCCAGACUGCCGCUACGGCAACGAUGCAGACCUGCGGCUGGGCUCUGCGGGCUCCGAAUGCAGCAGCGAGAGCAGCAUCAGCUGCGGCAGCAGCUGCGACUCCUACACAGAAAGAUCGUGUCCAGCAUGUCCCCCGGACGCCGUACUCGAGGAGCAUUUUGCCACACCUCACAGCCGAAUUUACCCCCACCACGUGACCCACGAAGGGUGCGGCCUUCAUCCCGCCGAGUACCUGCCGCACAGCAACGCGGCAGGGUCAGGGCCACACAGCUACCACAUGACUGCAGCGUGCGUGCAGAGCUUUCCCCACGACCCGCCUCCGCCAGAAGCUCCCCCAAAGCGCCCCCUGUACCCCCUGCCCCCUCACCUCCAACACCAGCCGCUGGCGGCACGCUCCAGUUGCCCGGGCGACUACCACUCCCUGCACCAGCCCCACCCCCCUGGCUCUCCUCUCGGCCGCUGCUUGGCUCCUCGAGCUGAAAGCGUGUCCGACUCGCAUCUGUACGAGCACCUCUCGGCGCCGCACCACCGCCACCGCCCCAAAACUCUGCCCAGCUGGGACACCUACUACAGGCAGCCAUCGCUGCCGCCCUCCAGGUACGAGCCGGCGACCUAUCAGAGUCUGCCAGACACUCGCCAGUCCCCCUGGCACACGCCGCCGUGGCCACAGGACAGCUACACCCAGCACCACUCCUCCCACCCGGCCCUGCACCCCUCCCCGACUCGCUAUUUAAGCCACGCCCCGCACCCUCCUCCCCACCCAUCCUACCACAGAUCCCACCUGGACGUCCCCUCCCACGGCGCGCCACCCUACGCCACGCAGCACCCAGACUCCCCGGCGCGGAGCCGCUUCGCAGACGUGCGGGAAAAGGUGUACAUCAACCUGUGCAACAUUUUCCCCUCCGAGCUGGUGAGCCGGGUGAUGGCCAGGAGCCCCCACGUCACCGACGCCCAGCAGCUGGCCGCCGCCAUCCUGGCAGAGAAAGCCCAGACGGGGUAUUAGGUAAUCAGAAGGUCACGUGAUCAGAGGAUUUCUCGCAGAAAUCAACGAACCAGACGUUCUUAUGGAGCUAUUUUGGGGCCAUAAAUAUUUGAAACCCAAAUAGAAUAUUUUGAAAAAAAUAUUGGUGUUUGGCCAAAAAUAUGUCAAAUGUCC